ACCUACCCCGGGAAGCUAAUUAGUCUGGCAGUCACGCGACUCUGGUCUUUAAAUGGCCCGGGGCGGUGGAAGGGAUGAGAAGAAAAGAGUGGAGACUAGCAUCACCUGUAGUCGGAACGGUAACCUCACCCAGCCAAUCAGCGCAAGGCGCGGGUGAGGCUUUAGCCAGUCGCUGUGGGCGGCCGAGCAGUUGGCUGUCUGGGUGUGACAAGGACAGGCUCCGGGCCCCUGCCCCGCCCCCAGUCCGGAGCCAUGGAGCCCGGAUCGGGGACAAUGGUGGUCGGUGUGAAGCGAAAGCAUCCAGAUGAUCAUGGAGAUCCAGAAGAGGUGGAGGCUGGUAAGGAGUCCCAGGAACAGGCCCCCUCCUGCCAGUCCAACCUAUGCCAGACCCUACUUCGCCUUUCAAUGGACAAAUUCCAGCUAGGCUCUCCUAGCCUCCUUCGGCAAGUGCUCAUCACAAAUACCCUGAACCACAUCAGGAAAAGAAUGAGCCUGGAAAGGGGCCCAGUCCCAGCCCCAGCCCAGGGACCUGGAUUGGAGCUGCUUUUACCCUUAACUGCCCAGGCUUCAGACAACUUCCUCAAGGAGCUGGAGGCCGUCCUGGGCUUAAGAGCCGCACAAGGCUGCUGGGAGCCCCCACAUCUGAGUUGGAGCCCUACCUCUGUCUCUGACCUGUGGGAUGACUGCACACAAAUAUCUUCCCCUCUUGGGGCCUCGAUUUCCCCAUCUGUCAGAGUUGAAGAGCCUACUCUGGGCAGCUUUGAGGUCUUAAGCAACAGCUACCUUGGAGAUCUGGUUCCUGAUGACUUCUUCCCUGACAUUGACACCUCAGAUGUGGAAAGGGAGCCUUGGUCCUCAGCUUCUGCCCUUGCCUCCUCCUCCUCUGGGGCAGCCUGGUCCCCAGGGCAGCCUGGGACUGAAUGGGACUGGACCGAACUGGACCAAAUCUUGGAAAUCAUCAAGGGGUCAUAAGAUUGUCUGUGGGGGGCAGGGCCCCAACUCCCCCAGCUAGGACCCUGAACCCUUCCUUUCAGAUACUUGCUUACCUCUGGAGAGUUUCAAGAAAGUGACCUCCAAAGAUCCCAUAUCUCAGGAACCUGGGGUGAAGCUUCCUAGGGAAAUGGGAAAGCCUUGUCCCUUGGGCUUCUGCCCUGGUCUCAGUGCCUGCUGAUGGCAGACAGAGCAACUGAAUGUAUUUCUCUUUCCUAAUGGCUUGAUGGUCCCCUGCCUUCAUCCUCCCACACUGGGGCUGCUGUCCCUGAAUCUCUCCUCUCCACCCUAUCACCCUGACUGGCCUAAGGUGUGGGAGGGGGGCAAGCAUUUGGGGGCUGCUGCUCCCAUUCCAGUUAGCCUUUUCUGUCUCCUAUGAGCCUGGUCCCCAGGUAUUCCCAGGUUGUCCCCUUUGAUUUGGCUUCAGAUUGCAUUAAGAAGCUAGCCUCAGGGUUGAGUAACUGCCUGGAAGAGGAAGGGGGCAGGGCUGGGCAGGAGGCCUCUGGGGAGACAAAGUCCAGAUUGCCAGGAGGAGGGGCUCUAGAACCCCCCCCACCACCACCACCCAAGGUUGACAGGUAUGGAAGAGUACAAAUUCACAUCUUCUUGCCCCCUCCCCAACCUAGUGCCUGGCCAUAACUGUGAAUCCCCCCCUUUGUCCUUGUUCACCCCUUUCCCUACCCAAAGUGGCCUUAAUGAAGUGCAAUAAGGGAUAAAAGAAUCUUUAUCCGUGGUCACAUUUUUUUUCUAUUUUAAAAAGGCCUAUUUC